UCUUACCAUGGACAAUGAAUCUUUUGGCAAAAAUCAAUCAUUUAUGAAAAGACUUACGAAUGGUCACCCUAUGACGGAAGGCGUUCGAUGGACGGAAAAAUAUGCAGACAGAAUUGAACAUGUUUUUUCAAAAACUCCAAAAUUCGUUACAAGUUUGUUAGCUACAUUGGCAGUCUUCGUUUUUGGUACAUCAAUACAAGGUGAAUGGAUACUAAUCUUGGUUCACUUUUUAAAACAAAUGACCCAUAUUGAGCGCAACAGCUCAGAAAACAUAAAUCACACGUUAGAAAAUAUUUUCGAUGACCACAAAACCAUGGAACAAAAAUUUGUCUUCGAUCAAUGGAUCUAUUUCGUUACUUGGGCUGCUUUCGGAUCAUACUUUAUUUAUUUCGCGGUUGGAGGCUUUUUGCACUGGUAUUUCUAUGUACGCCAACGCAGCACACCGCAUGAGUGGAAAUGCCAGCCAGAUAAAUUUUUAUCUGCUGAGCUUGAAAAACACGAAAUUAUAGUAGGAAGCAUUUCACUGUUUUGCGUGAGCAUUUUGACCGGUUCAUUUGCAUGUUACAUUUACAAUGGUGGUUCGUUACAAUGGGUCUAUUAUUCUCCAAGUGAAUACGGGUGGUGGUGGUUUUUCUUACAAGUUCCUGUUAUUUUUAUUUAUCAGGAUUACGCAACGUACCUAACGCAUCGUUUCUACCACAUUCCUUUUUUUUAUAAGCAUUUUCAUAAGUUGCAUCACACAUACAAACAACCGACUGCAUUCUCUGUAACUGCAAUUCACCCGGUCGAGAUAGUUCAAGUUCAAUUGACGAUGGCAGUUCCACUAUUUGUUAUGCCUGUACACUGGCUGAUGUUUUAUACGGUCGUUUUAUACACGUAUUACCAUGCCAUUUUGGAUCACUCUGGAAUAACAUUUAAGGCGCAGUGGUGGCAACCAUGGCAACCUGAUGCCAUAUUUCAUGAUAAUCAUCACCAGUAUACUCAUGUUAACUUCGGAUUUAAUAUUUAUUUAUGGGAUGUGUUGCAUGAUACAUAUCGCCGAAAGGAUAGAGUAUACAAUGAGGAUAUCUUCUAUGGAAAAGGUUUGGCAUUAGACGAGGUACCUAAAAACGUUUUGUUAAAUGAUAUCGCUGAAAGAAAGUCCGAAAAUCCACUAGCUUAUCCGGAUAAUGUAAAUGUAAACGAAUUAAGUUUAAAUGACAUUUCUGUUAAAUCUAAACAGAAACUUAUCAAAAAAGAAACAAAUAAAAAGAAGUAGGAUAAGACAAUUUUUGUUUAAUUUAAGCAACAAAAUAAUUUUUUUAAAUGUAACUAACACAAAAUAAAUAA